AUGGAAUCUGUCAAGGCCAUGGAUUCUGCAGAUGAUGCUGUCAAUGAGCCUCAGGACGGGGUCGACCAUUCAGUUGACGGUCCGGCCGACGAUUCAGUCGACGCAGCAUCCGAGGAGCCAACCGAGGCUUUGGAGUUUGCCAAGAAGAAAAAGAAGCGCAAGAGCAGGCCCGGCAAGACUCGUCGUGCGAUUACUGGAUUUGAAGUGGAAGCUGACAUGACAGAAUUCUACGCGGACCCCCCGACAACUCCUGCAGAGUACGCAGAGGAAAAGAAUCUCUACUCGGCCGACAAGCCCAUUGCUCAACGCCUCGAGGAAGCCAUCCAGCGCUACCGUCAGAAGCGCCGAUUCGACAAUCAGAAAUCUUUCAUGUUUGACAAGUACCUGGCUUUGGGUGGCAUUGAUUCUUCCCAGCGAAUGUUCCAGGGUCUCGACGCGGCCGACGCCAAGGACAUGAAUGCCGAAGAGAUUAGACAAAUGACUUCGCGAUAUGCAGUCCAGAGGGGCUUUGCAGGCUCCAAGUUUUACGAUCCCGAUGAGCCUGGUGACUGGAGAGUCGACUUUCCCAUCAUUGUCAAGGGCUUUCUGUCUCGUUGGAUCCCCGAGAACUACCCUUGCAAUUCCGACCCCCACGAUGACAAUGUUCAGGCUGCAGCUCUGAUUGCCAACUUUCUCAACUACUUGCAGCUACAUGACGUCUGUCCCGAAUACAAGGCUCAGCUUGUGACUGCCAAGGCCAUUUGCGAAGUGGCACCUGUUUCUCUAGGCCAUGCCCGAGAUCUCUUUCAAGAGCUCAAGGGUGUCUUUAACACCAUUGCCGAGUCCCUCUAUUGCGACGGCGGUGUUUUCGAGGUUUACACCUCCCCUGUCGACGACAAUGAGAGCUUGCCCGAGCAACCUGGUGCACAGCAUGUCAAGUUGAAUUCCUACAACCAGUUUCUCAUCUUGCGGCUGUCAAUCAUGGCUGCCUCCAAUGACUUGAAGCAUCCCAUUGUUGAUUUGGACCCUCAAGACGUGCGCGUUGAGAGCACCUUUGUCGAAACCUACCAGGUCGUGUCCAUCAAGCGACGCACCAAGAGGGAGAUGAACAUGUGGGAUAAGCAGUUGGCCCAAUCUGAUUUCAAAGACAAGGUUCAAGCCAUGGGAAGCAUGGUCCUACGUCCCAGCGUCAUUGAUCACGCAUACAGCAACGCCCUACGUCCUGGUCGGGUUGAUUUCAGCAAGGCACCCACAGAGACCUUUAUCGUCGACAAUGACAUUCUCGAAAAGGUCGAGUUGGGAAUGAAGAUGCGGUUGCAAGUCUGCAGACUGAAUAUUGGAACCGUAUUCAUCAAAAACGUCAUUGAUGUUCGCGUCGGCUUUGACGUUUUAUUGCCGCAGAGUCUGAUGCUCAACUGGAAGGAUCCUAGUCCAAAUGACAGGCCUGCCCCGUCCAUUCACGACAUUGAUCAGAACAAUGGCCAUGAGCAGACUGGCACGAAUGAAGACGAUCUAUGA